GUAUCUGGCAUCUCUGUCAAUUAUGACAGAUCUGGCCACACUGCUGUCACGCGAGAAUCGUUCGUUACUUUUUUACGCAUAGUUCGGUACAUCGAUGUCAACGUUACUCACCGAUGCGAACCGAUCGUGCGUUCAACGUGGUCAUUGACAUCGUCACCGUCUUCGUCACCUUUGUUACGCCGCACAACGUAUAAGAUGUUUCAGGUUAUAGAUGUGGAACAUUUCUAGCAAACGGACCGUUCACCGAUCGGGAAAUUCGUUAUUUUUGUUUAAACUUGUCGGAAAGUUGCAGUAAAAACGUAAGGUUAAGUAUAUUUUGACAGAUUCACAAGUAGAAACAAAUGGCUGUCGUUACUGUGUUCAUGGUGUAAAUUAUAAAUGCCAGGUAGUCAAAUGCAAAUUCGUUAAACAUGUAUGCAUAAAAGUCAUUUUUUUAUGCACACACUAUGCAGGAGUAGGUCAGGUAGACAGUAUGUGCAGCAUAUAACUCACCCCGAUUGGUGAAUGGUCCGUUUACUAGGAGUAUACCAUAGAUAUAUACAUAUAUGUUUAUUUGACACGUUUUAAAUACAAGCUUUAAGUACAAGUUUAAGAUUGUUAAAGAAGUUCCAGCGCUGGAGGGAAGGGAAAGGUGGAGCCUUGGAUGGUACUGAGUGGUUCCUUUAGCAAGCAGCCAGUCGAUUCAUUGAUUCAUCAUUGUUGUGUCUGGUUUGUUAUCUAUUAAGGAAGAAGGUGCCCAUCACACCUUCAUCAUCGACGUCACGUCAUCGUUUCUCUCUCAAAAAAAGAAAAGAUCACUGAAACCGUAUGUAAAACAGUAAAAAAUUCCGCAGGUACUUGCAGACACGAAUCUGCCGAAUCUUGGUCGCCAGCAGCAGCAACAACAGCAACAACAUAGGUGCCGAUACGACACCGGCAGACAAUUCUCGCAGGAUCGUGAAAAUCGGCAAUGCAGAUCCGCGCGAAACGAAAACUCGGAGGAGAUAUUCGUGUCGAAUUUAGUGGACGGGGAGAGUUUGAGCUACAGUUUAGCGUUGAUACACGGCCUCACGUCGACGCCGUGCAGCUCCAUCACCGUACGGAACCAGAUGAACCAGAGUUCCGAAUGGCCGAUCGUGGCCGGUGAAUUUCGCGCCGUGGUGGAACUGUCACGGGGCCCGAACAAAUUGGAAUUGGAGGCUGCCGGGCAAACGAAAAAGCUGCUACUCGUCCACGAGCCCAGAGCCACCAAAUUACGCGUGACGCCGGUCUACGUGAUUUUCUCCGGCGACGACGGAUACUUCCAAGGUCCGUGCGGGGAGGAUCGUUCGCCGGAGAGCGCCGCGACCAGGAUAGGGCUCGGUGCCCGUCUCCUGCAGGCCCUCACCGCGGAGAAAUUAAGGGAGGCGGGUUACGGGAGAAAAACGUUUCAAUUGGAACGGGACCUGGACGGUCCGGAAUGCUUGGUCAUGCACAGUACGCUCGACGUCGAGAGGGCGCGCGCGAUGAAUCAGUGGGAACUCUGGAAACUGAUCGCGGUGGAAUUGUUGACCGGCCCUUUGUGGUCGAAGGAUCGAAAGUAUCUAGCGAUUCUCUCUUGCACGAGGUAUCGUGGCGCGCCGAUUCCGCCCACUUACGAGGACACUCUCGCGAGGACGCAAGGCCACGCGGCCCUCGGCGGCGGCGGUUUGGCGUUGUACGGCUCGGCUUGCCUGCACACGUGGCCCACCUGCACGGCGCAAGUGUUGCCGAGAUUCCUUGACGCGACGGUCGUCGAUACGGAACAGCUGAUGGACGACAGUAAUUACCGCGGCACGUACGGCGGCUGUCUAGCCACCACCCUCGGUUCGGUCCUCCACGAAUUGUGUCACACGUUCGAUCUCGGUCACACUCGCGAGGGAAUAAUGGGUCGGGGUUUCGACUACGUCAACCGGGUCUUCGUCAGCACGUCUGUUCUACGAAGAGAUCCCCAGCACACGACGGUCGCGUUGAGCAGACCGCUCAGCGUGACGGUCACGGUGCAAGAACCGUUUCCUCCGUUGAACAGCCCCCGAAAGAGUUGUUCGCUCUCUCGAAGCCCUCCGCGAUUACUCGGUAGAGUAUCCACGCCCGCUAGUCCGGAACUUACGAGAUCCUUCACGAAGAUCCUCCUACAAUCCGCGUCGGAACAAACUGCCUCUAAUUCCCAGACAGACCGGACAUUUUGGACGCCUUCGUGCGCGGCGUUCCUCGCUUAUCAUCGGUGGUUCAACAGCGAGAUGGACUGCUUUCCCGCCCCGCAAUAUGAUGAUAUCGAGUACGAUGACAAAAGGAACGUUGUACGAUCACGUUUCGGAGUACGGGUGAUAGAGCUUAGAGAAACAUCGACGGAGACAGUGGUUGGGUCCCGGCAAUUUCGGGGGUCACGACCGCCCUUGGAAGCGCUAGUUCCACCAGCUCCGCCACAUUGUCUUGCCGCUUUGACUCUCGUCGCCGAGGAUUCAGCAGGCAACGUACUUAAACACCCUCUUCCGACGACAUUCUGAAGUUCCGUGCUUAUCGUAUUUUGUCACGGUUUUGAACCUUCGAACGAAUAUACGCAAACGUGCGCGAUUGGUGCGUGUGUUAGAAAGAUAGACGCAUGCAUAACCUCGUAAACCAGUCAGAGUUUUAUACAAUGUUACGAACCCCACAUCUCAGAGAUUAUUAUUAUUAUUACAAUAUCUUUUGUAAAUAUCAUUCCGGUCGUAGCUUUCCGUGGAAAACCUAGAUACAUCGACUGAAUUUGUACGUGUGACGGACGCAUGUAUGAACGUAGAUAAUAACCAUUUAGUAAAAGAAGAAACGCUUUAGCUCUGGCAUUGUAAUCUGUUGCCAACGACUUUGUAAAAAUGCGAUCAAAUUACAGAACAAUGCAACUGCCAGAUACACGUGUAUGUACAGUGUAGGUAUCAUAGGAUUUACUUUGGUAAAUAUUUCCAAUCGACGAAUAUACUAUUUACUAAGUAUUGAGUUAUUUGGAAGUUCAUCCGCAUGCGUUUAUUCGACAAGUAGCGAACGAAUUGAACUUGUCCGUAGAAAGUGUUCAUGUUAUUUUGAACAGGCAUAAGUAUCGUCCAUUCAAAAUGACGUUAGUCUAGCAAUUAUGUGAUACUGAUGGACUUCGACAAUUGAUACUC